AUGUUUAAAAUCCAACCUGCGAGGAAAGUAGACCCAACAACGGUAAUAUGUAUCCUUCCUCUUUGCAGUUUACCCGGAGCGGGGAGCGUGUCGGAGGCGCUGGGUCCCAGAGCCGCAUCACGCGCUGGUCUCGACGCCAGCGGAGCGAAGCCCAAACUCAGCUGCCCGAAGGACAACUGGCACGGCUGUACGAGGAAAACCUCGCGCGGGUCGUCCAGGACGCAGCGGCGUCGGCGCUCCAAGUCCCCGAUCCUGCACCCCCCCAAGUUCACCUACUGCAGCUCCGCCGCCGCCUCGGCGCUGCAGCCUCCGAGCGGCUGCCUGAAGCACCAGCGCCUCGCCGUCCCCGUGCCGCCGGAGCUCCGCCCCCCCGCCGCCGGAGGCCCCGCCUCCUCCCUCGCCCAGACAGAGCUCUCUCCCCCGGCCGCUCCGGGCCACAUCGCCCCGCUGGUCUUUGGAUCCUGCGCCGAGUACGAGGGAGCCGCGGUUUCCCCAAGACCGCCCCUGAAGAAGACCUCCACCGCCGCGCCAUCACCCGGGACGGACGGAGGCGUCUCCGGAGACUCGAGCGAGGACAGCGGAUCGGAGAAAAGUGCCAGCGAGGACGCAGACGCGCCCCAGAUGUCCCGCCGCGCGGACGCCGCCGCCGACUUCCGCGCUUUAUCGGAGCUCCACAGCCGCGGCGCCGACCCCCCCGACGUCCCCUGCACCUGCGCGUGGCCGCAUCGGUCGGAUUCCCCUGAGGCGUCGGCGGCGUCUGAGUCUUCGUCUCCGUGCCGAUGCAAGUCGCUUCCCCCGGGCUGGAACGGCGUGGAGGUGUACUCCUUCACGGGGCUCCGCAACACCGUGUUGGAGUGCGAGGGGAGCGGCGACGCCAACAGAACUCUCAUCGCCGACGGAAACGCCACGUCGUCGCAAACGGCAACGGCGUCGUCGGGCUCCCCGCGGUCCUGCUCCGAGCAGGCGCGCGCCUACGUGGACGACAUCACGAUAGAGGACCUGUCCGGCUACAUGGAGUUCUACCUCUACAUCCCCAAGAAGAUGUCCCACAUGGCCGAGAUGAUGUACACCUAGAGAGAAGA